AUGAACAAAACAAUACGGAAGAGAGAGAAAGAGAGUGAUGUGGAUGUAACAUGGUCAGAACCCAGCACAUGGUCAGAAAGUUCUCAGUGGCAAAAGCUCCCAAAGGUUGGAUUUACUCAAGUAUCACAUGGUAUCACACUAGUCUCUUACGGCCACGAGUCUCUUACGGCUGACGGUCUCUUCCUAACCCAGUCGAAAUAUGCUCAUGACAUCCUUGCUCGUGCGGAUCUCCUUGAGUGCAAGCCCGUUCACACUCCUAUGGCAGCGCACGAGUCUCUUACGGCCAUUGGGGACAUGCAUUCGGAUCCAACUUUAUACCGUUCUUUGGUUGGGGCUCUCCAGUACCUCACAAUUACUCGCCCAGACAUAUCCUACGCUGUGAAUCAAGUCAGCCAGUUUCUACAGGCUCCCACCACCACUCACUUUCAGCUGGUCAAACGCAUCAUUCGCUAUGUCAAAGGCACGAUUGCAUUUGGGUUGUCUUUUAGCAAGCCUGCAAAAACUGCCAUACUUGGGUAUUCUGACGCUGAUUGGGCUCGUUGUAUUGACAUCGGACGCUCCACCUAUGGUUACUCAAUUUUCUUGGGUGGGAACCUCGUUUCAUGGAGUGCUAAGAAACAACCUACUGUUGCUCGCUCAAGUUGUGAAUCUGAAUACCGAGCUAUGGCUAACACUGCUGCUGAAAUUGUUUGGCUUACUCACCUUCUACGUGAGCUUCAUGCUCUUCCUCCUGAUCGUCCAACCUUACUGUGUGACAACAAAAGUGCUUUAUUCUUGACUCAGAAUCCUGUCUCUCACAAGCGUGCUAAACAUAUUGAUCUAGAUUAUCACUUUAUUCGAGAACUUGUCUCCUCUGGGAAGUUAUACACGUGCUUUGUUCUGACCAAGCUACAAGUUGCGGAUAUCUUCAUCAAAAGUCUUCCUCGAUCCCAUUUUGAAGUCUUUCGUGAUCGUCUUGGGAUCCGGCCGCCACCGUUCCGCUUGAAGGGGGAUGUUAGACAAAAAUAG